CCUGGCGCAUGCGCACGCCGCGUCCCCUGCCUCACACGCAACUCCGCGCAUGCGCAAUCCGGCGGUGUCUCGGUGCGCGGCGGCGGCGCCAUUGAACGGUGCGUGAGGGGGUGGGCGGUGGGAGAAGGGAAAGGAGUCAACCAUGUCGGGGUCGUCGGGAUCUGGCGGGACGGGCAGCUCGGCGCGGAAGCGGCUGAUGAAGGAGGAGGACAUGACGAAAGUGGAGUUCGAGACGAGCGAGGAGGUGGACGUGACGCCCACCUUCGACACCAUGGGGCUGCGGGAGGACCUGCUGCGCGGCAUCUACGCCUACGGGUUUGAGAAGCCGUCGGCCAUCCAGCAGCGAGCCAUCAAGCAGAUCAUCAAGGGGAGAGACGUGAUCGCACAGUCACAGUCAGGAACAGGGAAGACAGCAACGUUCUCCAUCUCUGUACUGCAGUGCCUGGAUAUACAGGUUCGUGAGACCCAGGCAUUGAUCUUGGCACCAACUCGGGAGCUGGCUGUGCAGAUUCAAAAGGGUCUUCUUGCUCUGGGAGACUACAUGAAUGUCCAGUGUCAUGCCUGCAUUGGAGGGACCAACGUGGGUGAAGAUAUCCGAAAACUGGAUUAUGGGCAGCAUGUUGUUGCUGGCACUCCAGGCCGUGUGUUCGAUAUGAUUCGUCGACGAAGUUUAAGGACUCGUGCCAUCAAAAUGCUGGUUUUGGAUGAAGCAGAUGAAAUGCUUAAUAAAGGUUUUAAGGAGCAGAUUUAUGAUGUGUACAGAUACUUGCCUCCAGCUACACAGGUGGUUCUGAUCAGUGCCACGUUACCUCAUGAAAUUCUGGAGAUGACCAACAAAUUCAUGACAGACCCCAUUCGCAUUUUAGUGAAACGUGAUGAGUUGACCCUUGAAGGAAUCAAGCAGUUUUUUGUGGCUGUGGAGAGAGAAGAAUGGAAGUUUGACACCUUGUGCGAUCUCUACGACACGCUCACAAUCACCCAGGCUGUCAUCUUCUGUAACACCAAAAGAAAGGUAGACUGGCUCACAGAGAAGAUGAGAGAAGCCAACUUCACAGUUUCAUCCAUGCAUGGGGACAUGCCACAAAAGGAGAGAGAGUCCAUCAUGAAAGAGUUCAGAUCUGGCGCAAGCCGAGUCCUUAUUUCAACAGAUGUUUGGGCUAGAGGCCUGGAUGUGCCUCAGGUGUCCCUGAUCAUCAACUAUGACUUACCCAACAACAGAGAACUCUACAUACACAGAAUUGGCCGGUCAGGCAGAUAUGGCCGAAAAGGUGUAGCAAUCAACUUUGUGAAGAAUGAUGACAUCCGCAUCCUGCGAGACAUCGAGCAGUACUACUCCACCCAGAUAGACGAGAUGCCCAUGAAUGUUGCUGAUCUUAUCUGAAGAUCCGUGUUUGUACUGUUGGGAGUUGUACUAUUUGGUAGCCUCCAUAAUUCUGUUUUGGACCCACAUAUUUUUACCAUAUUGCUGGUUGUAUGUUCUUGAGUUGAGCUGCACUUGGGAACUUGUGUAAAUAAUGUCUUUAUUCCUGCCCAUGUUUUUCAAUUAAAAAAGUAAGUUUUACCAUAA